AUGCCAGCCUUUACUGGUACUCGUAAAAACGUACAAACACUUAUGGCCAGUUCAGGAACACUCAUUCAAGCACAGUGCAACAUGUCUGUAGAAAAGAAAGUGGAGCUAGUCGAGUAUACACCUGCACAUGCUGAGGGAACACCAAGCAGUGGUGCUGACGAGACGAUAAUCGAUCCUUCCGGAAUCAAUCAAGGAAAUGAGUGGCGUCACGCCUAUCCAUUAUGCAAUACAACUAGUAUAUGUCCUUAA